AAAAGCAACAAUCUCAACUUUUAGUUCAGAUUGUACAAUGCAUCAUUUUUUGUGAUUGUUGGUGGGACCUACUGAAAACAAUGCAUGCAUUGUUUUACACUUUGGCACUUCCAAACAUUGUAUUGUGCACAAUACUUGUAUUCAACAAACACAACUUUAACAAUCACAACUUCCAAACGACCCCUUAAUAAAUUUUGUUAUUUUUACAUCCAUAAUACGAAAAAUCCAUAUCAACUUAACGUGUUAAUUUUUUAGUUUGGCUUAACUGGGAUACUCUGAACAUUUCUAAAUAUUAAAACCUUUUGAAUUAUUACCCUCAUUUAGUUUUCUAUUUUUCAUACAUAUCCUUGUUUACCUGGAAGAUUUUCUUAAUACAAAAUCUCGGUCAAUAGACCUUGAUAGUCGUUCUUGUUGAAUUUCUUUCAAAGAUAUAACAUUCAAUCACUAAAUUGAAACAUCAUAAAUACAUUUCCUCAUAACUCGAAUUAUCAUCCUAGUCACGAUCAAUAGAACGUGUUAGGAUCAUCAACAUUUAUCACUCAAAAUUGCAAACGAACUACGUGGACUUUGAUCCCGACUAAGUCGGGUACGUAGGCAACCAAUAGGUUCGAGUGCAACCAAUCUAAAAAAUACUUUUACGUCAAUAGACGUAAACAUUAUCACGUAACUACAACAAUUAAAAAUUUACGCUAAUCAUAUCGUCCAAUUGGACUCUAAAAAUACACCCAAAAUAAUUAUAAAUAAUUUUAUAUAGUUAAAUACGUAAAAGAGCCAAAUAAUAACAAUACACCCAACCCUUAAAACUUAUCAAUUUAAGUAGUACCAAUUUUGGGCGUUGUGGGGUGUGAAUACACUUCCUCGCACGUAAUCGUACUCCCAAACCCAGAUUCUCUAAAAAAUUCGCAGACCAGAACCUGGUUUCGACCCUAAGGUCGAGACCGAGACAAAAAGGUGUUCGAUCCACCACCAAUAAGAUCGAUGGCGACUCCGAUCUAUUCGCGACGGAUUCCCCCAAUUUUGAGGGGCGGUUGCGACACAAUCCAUUGCCCUAACCCCUUAACAUUCAAUUUUGAAUCCCAACCAAAAAUCCCAAAUUGUAAACCUAAACCCUAACACUAAAUCCCUAAAUCCUAAAUCCUUCGAAUUAAAGUAAAUUUUGAAUGAAUUUUUUUCAAAUUCAUGUGCUUCUUGUUCAUAAUAUCAUAAGCAACAAUUGAUACCGUUUUGACAUGAAUCGCAUGGUCAGAAUGACAAUUAUGAGGCGGGUGCACUGAGUGCACCCGAAAAAGUGGGUGCACCGAAUACAACACCAUAUAUAUAUAUAUUGUUAAUUUUAUCUUUCAUUUAAUUGUAAUCCGAUAAUUAAAAAUAUAUUUUACAUUUUUUAGUAGCUUAUGGAAGGUGUUGAUAAAUCAUGGAUGCAGCUUCGUAAUAGAUCAACUAUGGAGUAUACGAAUGGCGUUCAAAAUUUUAUCACAUUGGCAUUCAACAAUGUUCAAGACGAAGACAACAAAUACAGUGUCCUUGCGUGGAUCUGUCGUAAUGUUAUAAGAAGGGAGAAACGAGAAGUUGAGCUACAUCUACUAUGACGAGGAAAGUCACUUGAUUACACUAAAUGGAUUUACCAUGGUGAGAAAGAUGAUGAUGAUUAUUCUAAAGAGAAGGAUGCAGAGGAUGCGGUAGAUGAUGGUAACGAGAUGGAUGUAGAUGACAUGUCGGGGUUACUGAAUGAUUUGAGACCGCAUUUGGAUCCUGACCCCGAGAAUCCCAAUGUAGAGGUAGAGAAUUUUUUCAAAUUGGUCAAAGAGUCUCAGACGCCAUUGUACGAAGGUUGUGAUGAAAAGCUAUCCAACAUGUCAUGCCUAGUGAAGAUGGUGCAUUUGAACUGGUUUAAUUCUUGGAGUAAUACCUCUUUUACGCAGUUGUUCAAGUUUCUUCGAUAUGCUUUCCCUAUGGCACAGUCUACAAUGCCGAAGAAUUACUAUCAAGCAAAAAAGAUGUUGAGUGGCCUUGGGCUCAACUAUGAAGACAUAGAUGCUUGUGAAAAUGACUGUGUCAUUUACUAUGGGAAGCUCAAAGGAGCAACGACAUGCCCUUCCUGCCAGAAACCACAGUACAAGAAAAUCAGGAAGGAUAGUAGAGGAAGAGUGACAAAGGUACUCUACAAGACACAAAGAUUUUUUUUCAUAAAGCCAAGAUUACAACGCUUAUUCAUGUCGCGAAAGAUUGUGGAAGAUAUGGUGUGGCAUGCCGAACAACGUGUCAGAGAUGGCAAAUUAAGGCACCCUGCUGACAGUGAAGCUUGGAGAGUUUUGGACCAGUAUGAUGCAUCUUUUGGUUCUGGCCCUCGCAACGUCCGAUUGGGACUAGCAACGGAUGACUUCAAUCCAUUUGGCAACAUGAAUAACAAGCAUAGUACAUGGCCUGUAAUUUUGUUCCCGUAUAAUCUCCCACCGUGGUUAUGCAUGAAGAGUCCAUAUUUCUUAUUGACAUUACUCAUUCCUGGUCCGAAAAGUCCAGGAAGCAAUAUUGAUGUCUAUUUGAGACCAUUCAUUGAUGAUCUAAAGUCAUUGUGGAGUGAAGGAAUGAUGACUUAUGAUGAAUUCAAGCAAGUGAAUUUCAACAUGAAAGCUGCAGUGUUGUGGACUAUCAACGAUUUUCCGGCAUAUGGUCUCCUUUCUGGUUGGAGUACAAAAGGCAAAUUGGCAUAUGCCCUUCCUGCGCAGGCAAUACCUCACAUUUGAGGUUGAAUAAAGGAUGCAAGGAAUU